AUGGACGCGACUCCUAAGAGGCUGGAGGAGUUCAUGGAGGCGUUCCUGUCCUUCCGUUUGGCGACUGUGGAGCAAGUGGAGCAUGCGGCGCUCCGGGUCGGCGUAGAAGUCCACCAUGAUGAAGACGCCGCCACUGUGGCCACUGUGCUGGAUGUGUCUGGCAAGAAGGGAGCACGCGACAUGGACCUUUUGCUCCGCGCCGCCCUGGCUUGGGGAUACGUUUCUCAGGAUGUUGGGAUGGCCCGAAAGAUGCACAAGGCCCACAAAGUGAGAGGGCGACGCAUGACACAGAAGUUGGGCGGGAGCUGA